AUGUUUUUCGCUUUGGCCGCUUUGGCGUUAGCUUGUGCAUUGCCACAGGAGCAUAACCAGGCGAAAUCACCCGUGGAAAUCGUAAAACAGGAUUCAGAAAUCAACGUCAAUGGAUACAAUUUUGAAUUUGAAACAAGUGACGGUACAUAUAGGCAAGAGCAAGGAGAUUACAAAAAUGACACUGAACAACAAGGUCUCUCUGUAAAGGGCAGUUAUAAGUACGUCGCCCCUGACGGUCAACACAUCCAAGUCACAUUCGUCGCCGACAAGAACGGUUAUCAGCCCACAGAGGAGAAUGCGAAUCAAGAAAACAAACCCACUCAAUCCUAA